AUGACAAAUAAUCAAACGGAUCUUUUAAUGAAUUUCUUUCAACAAACUCGUAUGGGAAAAAUGAGUUUAAUUACAUUAAUGCAAAAUUUACCAGAUGAAAAAUUACCAACUAUCCCAGAGAUAAUCUUUGAUAGAAAUGGUCGAUAUUUAAAAUUAAAAGAAGAUAAUAGUAUUAAAAAAAAUUUUAUAAAAACAUCAAUUACACAAAUUGAACAAGAUUAUGAAUCAAUCAAGGAUAUUAUUCAACAACGAAUUAUUACAGUUUCAUCAUCAUCAUCUUCAAUUGAAAAACAAAUAUCAAAAUUAUCAAUUGAACAACAAUAUAAUUGUAUUGCAAAUGAAUUUAAACUUUCAUCUGAUGAUAUUGAAAAACAAUAUAAAUUAGCAUUGAAAAAUCGUAUUGAAAUUCCACCAAUUUUAAUGCGCCGUAUUAUAAUUGAUGCAAUAAGAAUUCUUCAUAUAAUGAUUGAUGAUUUAAAUCAAGAUAUUGUAAAAAAUAAUGAAAAAUUUAAACAAAUUUCAAAACGUCUGAGUGAACUUGAAAUAUUUAAUAAAUUAUUUGAUCAACACUGUUAA